AUGACGUACGGUUUAACAAUUCCUUUAAUCCGUCCCUUGCUUCCCGAUCGUUCAGGUAUAUUGGGUGUCAGCAAAUGGGGAGAGAAACGAUUUGCUCCCCUACGAAGCAGAAGGUGCACACGAACACCGUCCCUAACGCUCUUCCGCAGCCAACAACAACAGCAAACAUUAAUCCCGAACGAAACGAAUGAUACCAAUAGGGAGAAAUGGCAUAUCGAUCGGGUAAGUCACGUUCGUAAGAUGAUGUAUUGUUCGAUCGGAGAACCGGAACGUACGUGUGAUGCGGUAUCGAUGUCCUAUCGGAUGGAAAUGCAAAACGAAUGGAUUUGAAAUGAGACGGACCGGAAACUGAUGUACCAUAUUGCAAAGAUCGAUCGGACAGCUAUAGAGGACCUAAGAUUUGCAAAUAGUAUUAGGUGGCGUGUGACUAAAUAGUUUCCAAUUUCA